AUAAUGAGGUAUUCAAUAUGGCGAGUAGGUAGAAUAGUGUUGCCAGUUGCUAUACAUUUGGAUGGAUUUAAGUGGUGAAAUAUGCCAAGGAGACGAAAUGGAGAGAUACCUCUACCCGACGGAUGGGAUUUUGCAAGGGAUUACGACGGGAAAAUAUAUUUCAUCGAUCACAAUAGCAAGAAAACAACGUGGAUUGACCCGCGGGACAGGUUUACGAAACCACAGACGUUUGCGGACUGCAUCGGAAACGAACUGCCGUUGGGCUGGGAAGAGGCAUACGACCCGCAGAUAGGAUCCUACUACAUCAACCAUGUCAAUCAAUGUACCCAGUUGGAGGACCCUCGUCUGGAAUGGCGUGCCAUCCAAGAGGCAAUGUUGCGGGAGUACUUGCAGACUGCCCAAGACGUCUUGGAGGCAAAGAAAGAAAUAUAUGAUGUAAAGCAGCAGAGAUUAUACUUGGCUCAGGAUGAGUACAAUCACCUUCACAAUGCGCUCACGACACUCAACACUUCGAGGACAAGUUUGUGUUCAAGCUCAAGCAGUGUAAGUACCAAGUAUGAUCCAGAUCUGCUCAAAUCAGACGUGGCUUUGGCUCGGAAUCGGGUAUCUCGGCUCAAACAAGAGCUGGAGCAAAUUCGAGCUGAGAUGAGCUGCACGCAACGCGGUGUUGAUACACUUGCAUCGGUGGAACAGAAGCUUAGUGCACACCAAGGCGGGUGCUACAACAUCACAGAAGCCCAGGCAAUUAUGACUGAGCUUCGUAACAUUCAGAAGUCCCUGUCAUCAGGUGAGAAGGAGAAAGCCGAAUUAAUGCAGUCCCUAGCAAAACUCAAAGAUGAUCUGACGAGGUUGCAGUUGUGUGAGAGCUCGCCAGAUGUCUCCACACUCAGUCUUCCACAGGAGAAGCUCAGUACAGCAUCACAGACUGACCUUUCAGGCGAGCUUGUUCCAAUUGGCACACGGCUAGCAGAGAUGGCUCGGAUGAGGCUUCAGUAUGAUGAAGCAAGGAAACAAAUUCAGAUGAUCCAACAACAGUUGGCGGACUUGGAAGAGAAAGUAACCCCAGGGCAAGCUGAGUCAGAUAAAGACAGGCUCCUCCUGUUUCAAGAAAAGGAACAGCUGUUGCGAGAGCUUCGUAGCAUCACUCCAAGGACCCGGAGCCAACAGGAAAUGCAAGAAAUUCAGCAGGAAAUCAGAAGGUUGGAACAAGAUCUUAACAAUGCUCUUGAGAUGUCUAAUCGAGCAAUCACAGACAGGCUGAGGCUUCAUGAAGAGAAGCAGUUGUUACUUCAGCAGCUACGUGAUGCUCUUCGCUCAAUGACACAGUUGGAAUCCCAGCUGAAGACUUUGUCAGCAAGUACUCUGUCAGUGAGCUCAAGUUCAAGCUUGGGAUCCUUAUCUACAGCUAGCAGCAAAGGGUCACUUAGUUCAGGACUAAGUUUCACCGACAUCUAUGGCGGACCACAGUGUCUUGGGCUUAGCAAUAUCUCCGUCACUGCAGAGAAACCUGUCGAUAUGAUUGAUCUGCAUCGCCGUGUCGAACGCUUGCUACGAACUGGCAGCAGUGAAUCUUCGAAUCUUCUUCCCUCUCCAUCUUCUGGCCGUUCCCUGCCAUCACUUUCCCCUCGUUCAUCUCUCUCUUCCGUUUCACCUCCAGUAUCCCCCUUGUAUGACCCAGCUUUGUUGGCAACAUCCUCAGGAAUAGCCGGACCACCACCUGCGUAUGAUCAAGUUGAACGACAGAGAAGACAACAGCAUUUAGCAGCAUCAAGUACGAUACAACAGCCACAUUGUUUAGACAGAAUACAGUUAGAGGAUCGGUUGGCAGAACUGAGGUUAAGUCAGCAACACAUUGCUGCUCAGUUACAGCAGCAUGACUAUAUAGUGUUAGGGGGUGCUAGUGGUGUUAGGAGUCAGCGAGCACUUCCUCCAAACAUUGCACUGGCAGAUUACUUGGAACUAAUGAGGGGAGGCAACAUGUCACAAGGCUCAGGCCUUGGCAGGCCAACAGUGGCUGAUCCUCCUCUCUCGCCUAUUUCAGAAACCCCACCUCCUGUGCUGGAUGAUGCCGUGGAACUUCUUCAGGUUGCAGCGUUGUCUACACCAUCUUCAUCGGGAACAAAUACAAGAUCAGUGUCUGCAGCUGUAAGUGAUGAAUCAGUCGCUGGGGAUUCGGGAGUGUUCGAGGCAUCUAAUAAGAAGCGGUCGUCCCUAGCAAAUGAUAAUGUAGCUGAGGAUAUGAAUCUAGAAACAGCACAAGUUCAGAUUAAGCUCAGGUACUCUGUGGGUGACAGUUUGCUGCACAUUGGGAUUGAACGAGCACGUAAUCUUGGAGCAUUAUUCAUCCCAAACAAUUGCAAAGUAUACAUCAAGACAGCUCUGUUGCCAAGUCCUCCGCCCACCAAUAUAGCGUGCUGCACCAAACCCGUGGAGGAUCUCCGCAAGCCAACAUUUGGUGACAACUUCCCUCUUGCUGUCCCUCUUGGCAAAUUGUAUACGAAAACUCUUCAAGUCAAUGUUUGGUGUAUUGACCCAAGCCAGCGGGAAGAUUGUGUGGGUUGUGCCCAAGUGAGUUUAGCAGACUUCAGCCCUGAAAGUGUAUCUGUCAAGUGGUAUAAUAUUUUGAGCUUCCGGUUCAUGCAGCCACCUUCUGAUGUAACACGUACAAACUCAGAUGCACUGCCACUCACACAGCUGUCAAUAGGGAACAGUGACAUAGGAAAAGAGCCUCAUCCCAUGGUGAACAAUAGAGAUGAGGGAAAGAUUCGCGACGAACGAGAGAAUGAGGUGUCUGUCUUCAACAAGCAAGUGACAUCUAUUAAAGAAGAAAGUUCAGAUGAGUCUACUGUUAUCUCAUCCCAGACAUCCACUCUUACUCGCAACCAAGGUCAAGGUCUGCAGUCAAGUGUGACAGUGCGUCUAGAGGGGUUGGACAGCCAGGAAGAAGAAGAUGAAGAGGAAGACGAAGACGAAGAUGAUGAGGACGAUGAUGAUGACGACGAUGAGGAUGAAGAGGGGAUCAUUGUUGAAUUUUGCCAAGAACAUAUCCUGGAAGAAGUCCUGGAACAUGCUGAGGACACUGCUGUAAUGUCAGAUUCCCUGGUAGAGUUCCCAGUGGAUACACUGGAUAAGGAGACCAACACAGAGUGUGUGUUCAUUCCAGAGAAGGGUGUGAGGAAGCGUGGCAGUGGAGGGGAGCCUGCCAGGGCAAUUGUCAUUAAACGCUCUCAGACCUUUAGUCCUAGUGCUGCUGUUAGCAAGAAUCAGUACAUCUGCAGGUUAAAUCGGAGUGACAGUGACAGUUCUAUGCCAUUGUACCGGCGUGGUGGGCCAUUUCAGCGCAACUCCAUCGAACGUCGGUCCUUGAGAUGGCGACGUCCUCCUGGUACACUUCUGAUAACUAAACAUCAUCGCAGCGCAAGCAGUGGUGCGACAUGCAGUCAUCACUCAAGUUGUACUGCUCGAACAUCUCUGGACUUGGAGCUGGAUUUGCAAGCACAGCACACUCGCCUUCAGACGCUCCAGGACGAACUGGCUAGACUUCGUGAAUUGAAGUCUCGGCUGGAGACUGCACGAGCCCAGGGUGAUCAGGAGCUAGCAGCCUGGGUACUUGAAGAUCAGCAGUUCCAGAAUCUUGUUGCUCAGGCUGAAAGUGGAAGGAAUGGGAAGAACCCCGAUGACCGUAAGGUAGAGAAAAUGCUAAAGAAGACAUCAAAAGAGAUUUAUAAAUUGCGGAAAAGCAAAGCUGGGAAAGGAAAGCCAGAUGUUAUAUCAUUCAAAGAGAAAAUGGCAUUCUUCACGCGAGUAAACAUGACUGUGCCAGUUUUACCAUCCACUUCAGCAACAGAAGAUGGAGCAAGUUCAGAAUGCAGCACAUUAAAGCGUGGCGAGAGUCUACAUUGUGGUGAUGAGGAGGACAUGGAGGAGGAAGAGGAUGAGGGGCUGACUCCGUGCCCAUCAUCCUAUCUCUCGAUUACUACGGACUCUGGGGAUUGUGGCAGUGUUAUCAGGGUAAAUGUAGAGGUGGCAGACAAACAAGGAAACAUGGGAUCAGACAGUAGGGAGGCAGAGGGGAGUGAAUGUCUUGACAGGAACAGCGAAGCAACACAGAGGUAUCACUAUGUUGUAGAUAGAGUGCUAGGGGUUGAAGUAUGAACGGAAGGAAGUAUCACUACAGCGUUGGUAGGGUGCUAGGUAGUUUUGUGUGUCAGAGCUGUGAAAGUGUGUCGUGUGUGACAGGAAAAUGCUGAUUUUGAUUAUGGCAAAGAUUUUCACUUGCUGCCAGAUAUCCAUCCACUGUUUCAUGGGGGUGGUUUAUUUAUAUCUUGUUGCCAGAAGUUCAUUGCCACAUGAGAAAAUUUUAGGUGGAGAAGGAACUCGUGUAUCAACAUGGUAGAGAUGUUCUUGUCAGUUUAUUUUAAUGUUUGUGUGCCAUAAAUGGUGCAUGUUUUAAUACUGUGUUAAUAUUAUUCCUGACAAGAUACGGUGAACUGGGGAUUAAAGAAAUGCUUAUUGGCUUUCUGAAUUCUUUUGUGAAAUUAAAGUAUAAGAAAUAGAAGGGAUAGUAUUAGACUGGACAUGCAAAUUGAACCCCACCGAAUGAUUUAUAGAAACGAAGCAGGCCCACAGUAACUGACCUGUUAUGAAUAGAAAAUUGGCAGACUGUAUUCUUUGUUGGUGCUGUGUUGGGAAUUAUAUAUAUUGAAGCUAAUCCCUGAAUGAUGUAUAGGAUAAUUUUUCCGUCCAUCACUCAGAUUUAAGAUACUCAGUACAAUGAAACAAUCUUAAAAUCGGUGAAACGUUUUGAUGACUGUUAUAGUUUUUAUAUGUUGUGCGUGUAGAGAAAUUUAAGAAAUGAAACUCUGAAGGGAUUAUUGAACUGGUAUGCAGGAAUUUCAGUGCCUCAUUUUAUGUAAUUCGGCAUCAUUUAAGGGUAACAAUAAAAUUUAAGAAACAGGUGGCUCUUGUGAAUUUUUCCUACACUUUUAUGAAAGAGUAAUAGUUGGAUCUGAGGUUGUUAUGCCAUUAACUCUUGAAGGGUAUGGUAUUGUGGAUUGUAAUUUCUUUGUACUGUGAACGGAUGGUGUUUUUGGAGAAACAUACACCUCCAUCUUCAUGGUUGAAAAAUAAGCCUUAUUCCUCUUGUGAAGAAAGCAUGAUAGUUUGGACGAACAUACCACCACCAUCUUCAGGUUUAAAAAUAUGAUCCUCCAAAACAUCAGGCAUUUCCCAUAGGACUUGGUGUUUCAACCCAGAAGACAGUUCUGAUCAAUAAUGUAGUUGAUUUUCAAUUCCUGACACAAGUAAGAAUACAUGUGUAGUGUGAAUACAGAUCAAUUUUCAUGCAUUACAUAGUAGCUGUGCAGGAUGUGACAAAUUCUAUUACCUUAUUGUCCUUGCACCAUAUUGAAAGGCACUGUUUACAUGUGCAUGUAUUUUUAUGCAGGAUGAGAUCGUAAGUCACUGCAAGUUGCUUAGAGCAUCAUGUGGGAUUUUGGUCCUUGGAGGGGAAAAAGAUGUGUUUUAUAAAAACCAGAAGUAUUUUUUUUAAACAUUUCAAGCAUUGGAAUAUAAUCCGCUGUCAUGAGUAAAAACUUUUUAUUUUAUUUCCAUAGGAUUAAUUCUAGUACUAUACUCCACAAGGUUUUAUUUCCAAAUUGAGAGAAUGAUAGGAUCUUGCAUGGUAAAUAAUGGGUUUAUCACAUAAGAUAAUGCAACUAUUUUGUGUAGUAAGGGCACUUUCUAACAUACUGUUUUUUUUUUAAUUCAAAAUGUUCCAUACAACUAAAACAUAUCAGUAUAUAGUAAAAUAUAUACAUGGAAUACCAGUAAUCUUAAUAAUAUUACUUUAAAUUAUAUAUAUGAAAAACAGUUAAAAUUGAAAAAGGGAUAUUUACAUGAAACAUUUUGAAGUGUCUUCCAGUAUUCACUGAUCUGCUUUGACUGCCAUUCUUAACCUGUAUUGGCCAUGCAUUGCACUGUAGUGAUGGCACAUGCACAUGGUCCAGCUGAACAACUAUUGCAUAUUUUCUAUCCUAAUACCAUUCUCCGUGAGCAUUUCUUGUUUCUUCAUCUUAGCAAUCCUCCUAGACUUCAUUUUGAUUAUAUUUGGUGAAGAUCACAAAUUAUGAAGCUUCUGGUUAAAAAAAAAAACUUUCUUAAUACACAAAGUUCAAAGUGACCCUCAGUUUUUAAUAUUCUGAAUCAGGAAAGAAUCUUAGAUUUCAUGGUAAAUACAGAAAUUUUUAUACACAAAGCCAAACUGUAAAUAUCAUUGAACGGUUCAGGUGUUGAAGUGCAGAAAUUAUCAUAAAAUAAAUGGAAGAGAGCAUAGAUAUUGUUUACUGAAUGUGCUUUAAACAAAGUUCAUGCAGGACCAUGAUGGGGUGUUACGUCUUAAUUUUUGGAACAAAUUGAUGGUCGUGUAUUAACCGUUUUGCUUCCCUGAAUUUUUACUCAUCUGAAUUUGUGGAAAUAUUUUAUGUAAUGAUGACUCAAGUGCCUUUAUUGCUCUUUAUAGGAAUUAAAGAGGUGACUUUGUACUCCCAGGUAUUGCUUAGGACAGGAUUGAGUAUGACAGAUUCAGGUAUUAGGCCAGCAUAUGCAAUUUUUCCUUCAUGAAAGUGGAAAGACAAUAAACAGGUGACUAAUACUGUGUGAUUUCUUUAGAUAUAUUUUCCUAAAUUCAGAUUCUUAGAAAUGAUUCUGAAAGUUAACCUUAUAGUAAUUCAGUUUAUUGCAUUUGGCUAUGUCCUAACCAAAUAUAAAUUAAAUAAGGAUUGUAAACAACUCAUUCUCCUGACCAACAGAUCUGAUAGCCGGUGAAGAAUUGGAAUAACUCAGUACAGUUGCCCUGUAUCAUAUGUAUAUAUUAUGUAUUGCUACACAUCUCUGAGAUGGUUUAUCUGCCAAAUGUUAAUACGAACGUACAUAUUUAUGUUUAUUAUGAUUAUAAUGGUAAUAAUAAUAAUAACUUUAAUCUACUCGAAGACACCUUAUCGACAAAGGUUUCGUGUUGCUCAAUAUGUUUUAAUAUCCUAUUCUUAUCUAAUAUGAAUAGAUAGAUCAUUAUACAGUUUACUGUGUUUUUAUCUGAAUCCUUCCUUCAGUGUUUCUGUAAUUGGAAGGACACUGAUGUGAGCAGUUAUCAUUGUUGGUUGACGGGGUGGUAGCAGUGACGUGGCCAGUGGUUGCAUUCUGAAUACUUCUACGUUGGUUUAAAAUUGAAUUUGUCACUGGUAUACAAAUCUCUAGACAAUGAUGUAAUAUUUAUUUUGUUAGUGUUCAGUGUAGAAUGGUUCACUCAGCUGGUCAGUGGAAGAAUAUGGCGUAGCAAUAACCUGAAUUUAUAUGUAAGUAAAACUGCUAUAGCCUUUUAAAAUCUAGUACAGUGUUUUGGGAGUGGCUUCUAUUGUACCUUUACCUGUUCAUUGUACAGAUUUUAUAUUUUUAAAAGGACAAACAGUAUCAUACUAAUACAAAGAAGAAUGCAGAUUGUUUUAUUUUGGUUAACCUUGUUUACGGAGCAGUGGAUGUUUUCCAACAUAGGCAUUGCCAGUAAGUUGUGCUGGCAGUUUGGGUAGAGUAAGCAAUAAUUGUCACUUGUUUCACAUAGAAGGCAUUGCGAAAUUGUGUCUUCAUUUUGUAAUAUAUGUAUAUACUUCUUUAUGCAUUUUUUAAAAAGAACACUUGUUAAUAUGCUUGUAAUAGCUGUAAUUAAGAAUAAUGUUUUUGUGUAACAAAACUGAUUACAUGUUGAUCCAACCCUGUAAAGUAUGAUUGCUGAAGUAAAUCAAGAUAUAUUAUUUAUGGUA